GGUGCUUCCCGCUCCUGCCCAACUCAGUCGCCAGGGAGAACUUGUCUCAGCAAAGGUUCGGUUGCUGCACUUGCCCGUCGCUGUUCGUGAAGGAGGAAUUGCAUGAUUUAAUUUUCGGUUUCCCGCUGGCGACCAGGAUUCGUUUCUGUCCUCUGACAACAAAAAGAACAGGAACCUCUUGACGGCAGUUGUGUGUCCCUUUUUUUGCAACACCACGGACAACGGCACAGCGACGAGCUCACUCCCUCCCACCAAAAGUCAACAACUGAACAGUCAACACAGACCAACAGCAUUGUACACAGUACCUCUACUUCUACAACUUACCUACCUACCAAGACUAUCAACCCCCCCGGGCGCCAUUCGAGUAUCGCGGCCGCCCCAUCCAUCUCAGCUUGUUUUCAGCUGCCUCUUGCAGUCCCGUCUCCAUAGCUAUCCACCUGGGAUCUGUCUUGUUGCAUCUGACAGCUCGGCACUCUAAUCUCCCAUUUAUCCUCCUGCAUCACUCAUCCAAGCUUUCCCACCGCGGCCCUGCUUCGCUUGUCUAGCCUUGCAGCCGCGCGGACAGUACAGAUAAAGGAGACGAGACGAACUCGGGCACACCGACUGACUCCCGCCUCGCCGCUAUCCAUCCCCACGGUGUUCCCCUGCCCUGUACCGCUACUGCAGGUGGAGGCUGAGAUCGCCCAAGCAAGUCAGCCCUACCUUGCUCCGUUUGGACUUUGGAUCCGUGCCCGCCAGGAGCACAUCUCUCAACACCACCUCAGGAGUACUCUCCCCUUCUACGUGGUGCUAUCUGGCAUAGCUGUCAGUCAUGUCUAGCUACUUGACAAACUUCUUCCCUAGCGGCGGGAAGCAGGAUGGUACCAGGCCCCAGACCCCCAUGAGGCCGGGCACCUCGAGCUUCGUCAACCCCGUCAGCACACCUCAGGGGAGUCCCAGCAAGAGGACCCUUCCGCCUGGCGCCAAUGAGCUGCCUGCCGCCUUCGAGUCUAUGAAGCUUUCAACGCCCACCAAGCUCGCGACGUCAUCCAGGCCCGGCACCUCAUCCAAACUCGGGACCCCAAGUGCCCUCGACAGUCCCAUCAAGCUCGGCCGUCCCCAGAGUGUGGUCACGCCUCUCUCGCCUGGAAAGAGCAACCUCAAAGACGUGGGCGACGAUACCUUUGAGGACCUCACAGGCAAUGGCAGUGCUGUUAGUGUCGUCCACAAGCAGGUGGACAAGAACUUGCCGAAGCCUUACCCUGUGCCCACUUCCAGGAGAAAGGAAAGGGAUCAGAACCAGGAGAACACACCACCAGUCGUAACCCGCGAUCCCCGCGACCCCCGCGACCCUGCCACUGAGCCAACAUACCAGCGCAGCCAUGCUGCCCUCUCCCGACAGGAACUUUACCAGGCAAGAGAGCGCGCCUCACCCACGGUCAAGAGAUUUAACACGUCGAGGGGCCUCACUCCCGAGGAGCGCGAGCUGCUAAACAAACCCAAUGUCAAGCGACUGGUCAACGUGACCCAGCUGUACUUCCUUGACUACUACUUUGACCUGCUCACCUAUGUCGGACAACGACAAAACCGUCUGAAUGCCUUCAAGGCCGAGUUCCCGCCACCACCCGAGACCGACGAGGAGACGUACAAGCAGAUGUGGCACAAGUACGCUGGUCGGGAACGUGCUAAUCUCCGCAAGCGACGAGUGAGACUGCGCCAGGGCGACUUCCAAAUCCUUACCCAGGUCGGUCAAGGUGGAUACGGACAGGUCUUUUUGGCCCAGAAGAAAGACACCAAGGAGGUUUGCGCGCUCAAGGUGAUGAGCAAGAAGUUGCUGUUCAAGCUGGACGAGGUGCGACAUGUGCUGACGGAGCGAGACAUCUUGACAACCGCCAAGAGCGAUUGGCUGGUACGCUUGCUGUACUCCUUCCAAGAUGACAAGAACAUUUAUCUUGCCAUGGAGUACGUCCCGGGAGGCGACUUCCGCACCCUGUUGAACAAUACUGGCGUGCUCUCAAACCGGCACGCUCGCUUCUACAUUGCCGAGAUGUUUUGCGCAGUCGAUGCGCUUCAUCAGCUGGGUUACAUUCAUCGCGAUCUCAAGCCGGAGAACUUCCUAGUCGACUCGACCGGCCACGUCAAGCUCACCGAUUUUGGCCUGGCGGCUGGUUUCCUUGCCCCUGCCAAGAUCGAGUCGAUGAGGAUUCGCUUGGAGAAGGCAUCUGAGACCUCGGUGCCGUUUGGCAAGCCGAUGGACCAGCGAACCGUUGCCGAGAGAAGAGAGGGCUACCGGACCAUGCGUGAUCGGGAUACCAACUACGCCAAGUCGAUUGUUGGAUCUCCAGACUACAUGGCCCCGGAGGUGCUGAGGGGCGAGGAGUACGACUAUACUGUCGAUUACUGGAGUCUGGGCUGCAUGCUGUUUGAGGCUCUGACAGGUUUCCCGCCUUUUGCCGGAUCUACCGCAGACGAGACUUGGCGCAAUCUCAAGCACUGGAAGGAGGUUCUCAAGCGUCCGGUCUGGGAAGAUCCCAACUACUUCCUCAGCAACCGGACAUGGAGCUUCAUCACGACUUGCAUCAACUCCCGAUCGCGGCGCUUCAACAACAUUAAGGAUAUUUAUGCCCACCAUUACUUUGCCGAGGUCGACUGGGCCAUUCUGCGCGAGACUAAGGCUCCGUUCGUGCCCGAGCUGGACUCGGAAACUGAUGCCGGCUACUUUGACGACUUCAGCAACGAGGCUGACAUGGCCAAGUACAAGGAGGUGCAUGAGAAGCAGCAAGCGCUUGAGGGUCUGGCCGAGCGUGGCGAGGAGAUGAACAAGAGCUUGUUUGUCGGAUUCACCUUCCGUCAUCGCAAGCCGGCGACGGAUGACGGCGCGAGUCCGAGAAAGCCAAUUCCAUUUGAGGAGAGCAACAAUUUUGGUACGAUGCUGUAGAGCCAGCACCGGCAACAACAGGAUGAAGAGGAGUGGCAGGAGCCAUCGUCGCAAAUUUUAUCUCGGCAUGACGAGGACGAGAGUAUUUUAAUUUGUGAAAAUUGCGGUACGGAUACAUGGGAUGGUCGAUACCCGUUGUCGAGUAAUAUGGAAAGCCCUUCGCGCCGGUCUCGGUGGACCAAGGCAGAUCGUCAACAGAUGUACGCAGGGAGAGAAUACGACUUGCUGUAAUGGUAGAGAGUACUGCAAUCGCGUUGACAUGAGAAGGGAUAGAUUUUGUCAGAGUAUCAAGGGAGGCCGGGUAGGGAGGGGGGUUAUCACCAUUAUCUGGCUUACAACAGAAAGAGAGCAUAGCAAGCAAGCAAGUGAUAGGUAGCAGAGUAGGGAGUAUUGCAGCAAUGAAGAGCCUCCAGUUUACAAGGCUGAAUGCAGUGGUGACUCGCUUCAGCCUCGAGGGUUGGUAGGACAGUAAUGGACCGCGUAAUCAGACGUCCGUCAGGGUACACCUAAAGCAACAAUUGGGAGGCAUGGGAUGCUGCAAGUAAGCCUUUAGCAUAUCCCAAAUUGGCAUUGGUGCCACGAGGGCGGCAAGGUUGGAGGGAAAAGGAUUCUCGGGACCGGGUCGUUGGAGUCGUCGUCAGCGUUCUCGAUGUACACUACUAGCUGAUAGGGCAGAAGAAAGAAAGAAAGAUAUGAAGGGG